CCCGCCGCCGCAAAUAUGACGGAGCUGGACACACUCAAGGCGCGGCUCCGCGAAGCAAAGGACAAGCUCACCCGGCGACGAUCCAAGGGGGCAGAAGGUGGUGAGGAUGCACAUAUGAUGGGGCACUCGAAGCUGUGGAACCUCAAGCUACAGAUGGCCAUGGAACACAACUACGCACUGGAACAACGUCUGGCGUGGGAAAUCGAGACGCGCAACCUCGUCGAGCAAUACACGCGGCAGCAGAUCCGACAGCUGCAAGAGAUCCUCGAGUGUUUAUUGCGACAGCAAUAUCAGCAGCAGGAGCAACCAUCGCAGUGUCCGCCGUUGUCAACCACCACCGCCAGUCCAGUCCCGAGGACGGAGACGCACCGACACCUUCCGUUCAUGACGUCGUCCACACAGCCCAAUUCGCUCAGUCCGUUGCUCACGGAAGUGAUGCAUGUACAGCUCAAAUUUGCUGAAACGAUGCAGUCGCUCAACGAAUCUGUGCAGGCCCGGGAGAGUCUUCUCACGCCACCUCCAUCAACCAGGCGACAGGACAAUCCCGUGGAUGAUGACGAAGACACAGACGACGACAUGUUGCCCAUGGCCACGUACACGCAUUUCCUCGACAAGGACGAUACCCCACCGCGCAUGCACCAGAACGCAUCAGCCUCGUACACCUCCCCAUCCCCUCGACCUCCCACGACGUUCACAUCCCCCAUUCAAGAUGACGUGUCCUCGUCGCUUCUGUUCACAUCUCCCCUUCUUGGUCAAGACUCUGUCACGCCCCCAACAGACGACAGCAAACGCUCCGUGCACUUUAUGGACGACUUAAGCACGCCCACCGUCGGCCGCGCCAUCUCGUUUCACGACUGCGCCGACGACGAUGAUGACUCCAAUGACAACAUGCAGCAGCAUGCCUCUCCCCCUGCAAUCCCCAGUCCCGUGACGUCUCCACAUCGCGAAGGCCGCCACGCCGCGCCGUCCUCGGAGAGCUCCAUCACCAGUUCCGCGUUGAACCGGUCUUCAUUCAUGGCGGACUUUGAACGGUUUCGCGAGUCCCUCAAGAUCGUCGCAUCCUCCACUUCAACCCCCGCACCAGAUCAGCAGCCCCGCGCACCAUUGCCCAGAACUAGUAGUACUAGAAGCGCCUACUACCCCAAUCCCGUCGUUUCAACCCAUUCGUACUCGAAAAAAGCCGAGUGGAGUUUGGAAGUCCAGCGAUUGUGCACCGAGCGAGCGUUGCUGCAGCUCGAACAGCGUGGCACCCCCACACAACUCAAACAACUCGACAUUGAAAUUGCAUACGCACGAAGCCAAGUGGUCAAGUUCACAUAGUAAGUGUUAAGCCAAUAUCUAUCUCAACACCAACGA